AACGGACCUGUUCUUUUUUCUUAAUUUGAAUUUUUUUUUAAAUAAAUUCUAUCUCUCUCGACUAAUUUGCUGCAUUCCUUUUUUUAAGUCUCAUCCGUGGGCAGCGUUUUGUUUUCCGCCUUUAUAUCUCGGCUCCAAGACCGACCACUCUAUGAUUUACGACAUACAAACAAUUUUAAUUAACGAUAUUUGGCAAGGAAACUUUGUUUCUCAGGAUAAGGCGCAUACGAUAGAACUAUGACUGAGCAACUACUGAGUGACUAGUAAACGCUUUGGCAUGCACUCUCACAGAGAAGGGCGCUCGUCGCCUGAAAAUCGCAUUAAAUUGGUGUUAUUUUAUUAAUAUUUAUGGUGCAAAAUUUAUUAAUAUUUAGUAAUUUAAUUAGUAGACAUCACAUCCACGAACAAGGUAUACCUACCUCAUUUGGUUGCUUAGUCACAUGGUCGUGUCAGACAACCUCGCUAAGAAAAGUGCAGCCCGUGGCACUUCAUCGAACAGCAAUGGAAUUUCAUUAGGCGAAGCUUCUAACUAUAGGUAGAUAAAUAAAGAGAUCUGAAGUAUGAGCACGAAACAAUUUAAUUCUCUGGUUUCAUUCCUUAUAUAAAUGCCAUCAACGCCCAAAUAUUAGAUAAGACACAGCAGUUUUUUUAUACAAAUGAAGAUAAAUCCAAACUUAGCAGACGAGGCUACUGUUUCUCGUAGUCAAUUUUUGCCCCAAGUAUAAUCCUUCUCAUGAAAUAAGCCGAUCGCCAACCUUCUUAUAUUUCAACUACAAUACUUAGAACAAUUAUCAACUCAUCACCUCACAGAUUUCGGUAGCAAACAGUUUCUCAAGUUUUUUUUUCAUUAAAAUGAAAUCAGAUUACUUCUCGAACUAAAAUUGUAGUUUUGUAUUCCAUUUACUUUGGCUUUAUCUUUCAGCAAUCCUGUCAUUCAACUUCUUCAGCUUUUUCUGAUUAUCCUCAUUUGUAAAAAAACUGAGUGCAAUCAAUUAAAAAAAUAAAUAAGUAAAUACAAAAUGAAAGACAUAAAAAAUCAAUAUCAAAAACCACUUCAUGCACUUAGAUCCAUUUGUGAGAUAUGAAAAUUAACCCCUAAAUCUGUGACGUGUGCACUGAUCACGCUGAAUAUGUCUGAGUUGAAGAUAAGAUGCUGUAGAAGUAGAAGCUGAGACGAAUAACAGAAAAAACUAAAGCAGUGAAUGCUUUAGCUACAAUACUGUGAUGAAACCUGUUUAAAUAAGAAAUAUUAUAGAAAGUAAAUAAACCGAAAUGCAUUUAAUAUUAAUAAGAAUCUGUUUGCUGGAUGAUGCAAAUACGAAAAAUAAAAUAUACUUAUACACUUGUAUGUAUAUGGAUCUUGUUUACUGAAAAUCGAUAAUGAGGCCUUCAAAUUUUAUAUUUGAUAUUUAAUUAUAAUAUAUCAUAUCCACUUUCGCUUGAAUUUCCAAUUGCACAAAAUAUUUGGUUAAAGCAUUAAGAGUAAAAUGCCAUAUAUAAUCCAAUUCUCAACUUCAUAAUCACAUUUUUCAUUCCCGCCAAUCGGUAAUCAACAUGAGUUUGCCAGUGAUUGUAUUGCAAAAUAUCACAGAGUGCUGAAUUCAUUUAUUCUCAAUUCUACCAAUGCUCCUACAGAGUGUUUCAAAUGAAAGAGAACUCACUUAAACAUUUUCUUAUUGUAAGCGCUCGUAGUUUACGAGUAUAUUCCAAUUGACAGUCUUUAUUUGACAAAUUUGUAAGUCUCACACCGACUACCUGCCGCUCUGCAGCAGCGUUAGUGGAUUAUACUCACAGUCUUCAUAACAUAACCAAUCGCACAAACAAAACCUACCGCAGUCGACAACAUUUUCUCUUCGUUGUUAACUCUCAAUCCCCAGUUGUGUUAGUUCAGGUGAGAAUACAAUAAAUAAAUAGAGCGACUUGUUGUUGCUGGUCAUCACCCAUGCUUUGUUUACCUACAUAAGCAAUGCUAUUGAUGUUGGUAGUCGAAUAAGAUGAUGUGUUUGCAACCAACCAGCAAACAACCAGUUGCUAACACUUCGCGUCUCUAACGCUCUCUUUGUCAGGUUAUAUGAUCGGCUGUUUGUUACCUGUUCGUAUUGCUUGUGACCAUACAUACAUAUGUCCAAUAGCUAAGGCAUAGGUAGUACAUAUAGGCGGUCGAGUUUUUCUUGUUUGUUUACCUGUAUGUCAGUCAGUCAGUGUGGGUUGACUGUUUUUGUUGCCUUCCUGUAGUAUAGUAAGCAAUAUGCACGCCAGUAGGUUUGAGAGCUGAGGCACUGAGAGUUUUUGUGUUUAGUUACCUGUGCGCUCUCUCGGCCACUCGGUUUUCCAAUCGUUUUGCGCGAAAAUGUUUCAGUUUUAGACCAUAGUUACGAGCGUUUGGACGUGUUUUUGUCGCAUAGCGCGUUUAGCGUCUAUACCGUUUUUAGAGCGUACAUACAAGUAUAUACUUUUUUUUAGCUCUCGAAUUAAGUUAAGCUGGAAACGAAUGGCGGGAAUCUCAUUAGCGAAAUGUGAAAAAUAAGAAUAAUAGUGUAAAUUGAAAGUAAAACAUAAAAUAAUCAUUAUUAUGCUUAUGGAUAAAACAAAGCAAGUGAAGUAAAAAAAGAAGAAAAAAUAAAAAUUUAAUACUAUAAAAUGUUGAAAACUUGUUGGUGAAGAAAGUACAUCUUAUUGGAUCGAUUGCGAUUAUUUUUCAUAAUAAUUUUGUUAUAAAUAUUAUUGCUGGAAAAUCAAUUGGCCACGUUUUGUUUUGAUAAAGCCUCAAAAAUUGAUUUUUACGCCGCCUUAAGAGUAAAACUCCUUCGACAGUAACAACAACAACAACAACAACAACAACAGUAAAGGCGCUAACGCGAACGGAAGUGUACAAUGUUGCCGUUGGUAAUUUGAGGUAACUAAUCAGAAACGGAAACGCCACCACUUAAGGCAACAACAAGAACAACAACAAGAACUCGAAUAAGAACCAACACAACAACUGCCAAGAUGAUUAAGUUUCGCUAUAAACGCAAAGAACCGGCUAGCAGCACAGCGGCCAAUAAAACAGCAACAACAACAACAAAAGCGCUGGAAGAAACGAAAGCCACGAAUAAAACUAACAAUAACAACAGCAAUAAUACUAAAAAUAGCGCCGCGGAAAAUCACAAGGAGGCCAAAACAGCUUCUGGGGUGACGGCAACGAAGGAGAAUUGCCGACCAAACCAGAAUGUGAUGACACAGCAGCAACAGCAGCAACAGCAGCAACAGCAGCAACAACAGCAACAACAAAUGCAACAAUUUCAACAGCAAAUGGAACAAAAGCAAAUGCAACAACAGCAAAUGCUGCAGUUUCAGCAGCAGAUGCAACAACAACAACAACUCCAACAGCUACACAUGCAUCAGCAGCAACAACAACAUUAUUUGCAAGCAGCUACCAACUCCGCAACCAAGAACAAUUUGCUUUUAAAGCCACAGCAUCCGCAACACGCCCAGCUGAUCAGCAACAAUGGCACUUUACCGCGCAGUAGUCCGCGCAAAACACACGACCCGCUGCUGGAUGGCUACAAAUCGGCAACGUUGACGCGUCAAACCGCCAGCAGCCGCAAAGUAUCCGCGCUGGCGAAGGUGGCGUCUACGGCGGAGUUGGCCGGCUGGGGCUAUGCGUUCGGUGGCAGCAUGAAUAAUAUAAUUAACGGCGGUGCCAACACAAACAACAACUACUAUUACAAAAAAAGCAACAGCAACGAGCACAUCUUCGGCAGCAACGACACUUUACUCUCGCUGACGGCCAAUGAAGUGUACGGCGAGCGAGAUCGUUGCAUAAAUGCGGUGAUUGAACUUUUCCAACAACUACAAACCAGCUCAGAGCCCGCCCUAUGUCCGGAGCCUUUGCGUCGCGCCUUGGCCAGUGGCCCUCUAGCCGGUCGUCGCUUUCCCCUCGGCUGUCUCGGCGAUGCGGCUGAAUGCUUCGAGCUGCUAUUACAUCGAGUGCACUCGCACAUUUCCGCCGACGAUGGUGAUGCUUGCGAAUCGCAGGCAUGCGUGGCCCAUCGUCGCUUCGCCAUGCGCGUCAUCGAGCAGAGCGUCUGCAAGUGUGGCGCCAAUUCGGAGCAAUUGCCAUUCACUCAGAUGGUCCACUAUGUUUCAGCAUCAGCGUUGACCUCACAGAAUAGUUUGGCAUUGCAAAAUCAUCAGCAACUGACAUUUGGCCAAUUGUUGCGCGCCGCUGGUAAUAUGGGUGACAUCAGAGAUUGUCCGAAUGCUUGUGGCGCCAAGAUUGGCAUCUGUCGCGCGCUGCUCAAUCGGCCAGAUGUUGUUUCGAUUGGCAUUGUGUGGGACUCGGAGCGUCCUGCUGCCGAUCAAGUGCAUGCUGUGCUCAAAGCGAUUGGCACCAGUUUACGUCUGUCGGACGUUUUCCAUCAGGUAGCCGAACAUCGUUGGGCUCAAAAUGUACAACACGAAUUGGUUGGUAUUGUCUCGUAUUACGGCAAACAUUACACAACCUUCUUCUUCCAUACCAAACUCAAAGUUUGGGUGUACUUCGAUGAUGCAAAUGUGAAGGAGGUUGGCCCCAACUGGGAAGGCGUUGUCGAUAAGUGCAGUCGCGGUCGCUAUCAACCUUUACUUCUUCUCUAUGCUGUGCCACAACCACCCUCAGGUGGGUCACAAUUCGCGCCAGAGUCUAACCAAUCCACUAUUGUACGUCGCGCCAUCACACCAAGCCCCAUCACACCGGACAAACCGAAUCUGGGCAAUACCCGACGUGCCAUUACACCGACACCACUGCGUUCACCCAACGACUAUCAGAACCUGAGUGUCAUACAGAAGAAUAUCUUUGCAAGCGCACCCUCUGCCGCACCGAUCAAUAGCGAUGAAACCGACGCCUACAUAAGCCGCAAGACUGUGGAGCAUGUGUUGAAUGCACAACAGUACCAGAAUUUGAGCGUCGUGCAGGACAAGAUUUUCGCCAAUAACGGCAGUGUGGCGACGAAUCAAACAGCUGAUGAGAAGGAUGCCGAUUCGCUGGCUCAUAAAAUUGGCAAAGUACUCAACGCCCAACUGGUGCGCAAGUACCAUUUACAGUUGCAGCGCAGUCAGAGCGCUGAAUCUGGUCAUGUUAGUGGCUCUUCGAAUGGCUCGUCACCGCCGAGCGAUGGUCUCACCAUGCCCGAUCACUUGAAUCAGCCACGUCGUCGCGACUCGGGCAACUGGUCAGGCGAUCGCAAUAGCGCAAGUUCAGCUUCAUCCACCACUUUGGAUAAUCCCUAUCUGUACAUGGUGGGCAAGCGCAAUCCACCUGCAGUACCACAAAGUCCCACACGCAAUGGAUUGCCUUACGAUCCCGGUUACGAUUCAUUCUCGCUUAGCUCUACCGAUUCGUAUCCCCCAAAGCACCAUCUAAAUCCACAACUCGCUAAGAUACCCGAGGCCGGUGCUUCCACAAUGCUCUCCGGUGACUGUGAAAAGCUCUGCAACGAGGCCGACCAACUGCUGGAGAAGUCCCGACUCGUCGAGGAAUCACACGACCUCGAAACCGCGCUCGUGUUGUGCAAUGCUGCUGCCGGACGCGCACGCGCCGCCAUGGAUGCACCCUACAGCAAUCCACACACCAUGACAUUUGCACGCAUGAAACACAAUACGUGCGUAAUGCGUGCACGCAGUCUGCACCGUCGCAUUUUAGUGGAGAAGGGCGCCGACAUGGACGCCAUGCCGGAGAUGAAGCACAUGCGUGAGGGCAGCAACAGCAGUGUGAAACACGUACGACAAAAUAGCAAAGACAAGACAUUGGACAAGACGCCAAUGCAGGUGUGCGCCACAGCCGCCACCACUGCAGCAAAUAAAAGCAUUGAAAUCUACGCAACACUGCCGAAGAAGAAGAGCCCAUUGAAGGCAUUGGCAGCGGCGGUGGGUAAUGAUGAUAAUGCCAUCGAAUAUGAACCGCCACAACCGGUGUCCGCUAAGCCGGAACGCGAGAGCCGCUCGUUGUUUGGACGCAGCAGCAGCAAGUCGGAGAAGGAGAAGCGCAGUCGCAGUGAGGAUCGCAAUAAGCUGACGCGUGAGUUCUCGCUGACCGAAACUUUGUUGGUGAACGCGAAAGAUACGCUGAAGAAGCACAAAGAGGAGAAGGAUGAAAAGAAAGAGAAGGACAAGAAUGGCAAGAAGCAACAUAAGAUACGGCGUAAGCUACUUAUGGGUGGACUCAUACGUCGCAAGAAUCGCUCCAUGCCCGAUCUAACCGAGGCUGGAGAUGAUGCGGCAACCCAGAAAGAAGCACCCGCACAACUGGCGACUUCAGUAGACGACAGCUCGGUGGGGUUGAAUGGCAAGAAUGGCAUGAGCGGCUACAUCUCGGAAGGUCACUUUGACUAUCGCGACUCGAACAAUGCCAAUCCGAAUUUAGAACGCAGCAAACUCAUGCGCAAAAGCUUCCACGGCAGUGGUCGCCAGUUGACAGUGGUUGCUAAGGUCGCGCCACCGCCACCUAUGCGCACCAGCUCUGCGCUGACACAACAACAGCUGCAGCAACAAUUGGCAUUGCAGCAGCAACAGGACGCAGCGGUACUACAACAUUUUCACCACGAGGCGAAUCUCUCCAAUAUUUCCGCAAUGAGUUCCAACACUUCAAUCAGUGAGGACUCGUGCCAGACCAUCAUUACGACCUGCGCGCAGGUACACAACGAACAGAGUCCGCUCAAGGACAGCUUGUAUCAGCCAUCGAACAUUAUGGGACAAUAUCAGCACCAUAACGGUUAUACUGCUACAGCGAUCGAUCUUGGUAGAGAUGAAGUAGAUGGCAUUGCUGGCGGAGGCAAUGGUAAUGGCAGAGGCAGCAGCAAUAAUCCAAGUGAAGUACCACUAGAAUUGCCGCCAUAUCCAAGCCCACCGCAGUCGGUGUGCCACUCGCGACAGGCCAGCGAAGAUUUCCCACCGCCGCCACCGGAAAUCGAUCUCGAACCGCUAAAUCAUCAGAUCAAUCAGAUUCAAGUGCUUGAGGCAAACAAACAACAACGCAGCAUGGAGACGCUGGAGGGCACUUCCAGCAUAUUGGCGCAAUUGCAGCAAAGGCACCAAUUGAUGAAAAUGCGUAAAGAGCAGGCUACGCCGACCAGCGAACCCUCUACCUGGCUAAAAGAGUUACAGGCCAAGCAAACUGAUCUCAGAAAUGCGCAACGUGCCACAGACUCACCAGUCGCGCACUUAACACAACAGUCCAACGGCGUGCGCGAAUUAGCGCAUCGUUUCGAACAGACGAAAUCAGCCGGCGCCAAUGAGCAGCAGCCACUGCGCUCCUACUCAUCACAAGAGCUGUUGCUCAAUGCAACAAAGCCACAAAUUCGCACACAAAUGAAUGGCUUACCGCCACCGAACCACCAUGUCAUGACGGCGACACCCACACCCAGCGCACUGCCACCCAAACCCGAAUCGGAUGAAGUAGACUGCGCGCCACAACGUUUGCAGCGCUUACCGCCGCACCAGGUGUUGCCCAAGCCGAAAUACGAAGUGACGCAAUCACAGAUCGCCGAGGAGCUGCGUGAGGUGGAGAUGCUCAAUACAAUGGUGCAGCAAACGCUGAACAAUACGCCAGCCGUACAACAACAGCAACCGCAGCCGCAACAGCAACAGCAGCAGCAGCAGCAACAAAGCGCGACCACGGCUACAGUGCCAAAGCGCGUCAAGAAGAAGAGCGUAUCGUUCUGCGAUCAGGUGAUACUUGUGGCAACAGCGGACAAUGAGGAAGACGACGAUUUUAUACCGAAUCCGAUUCUAGAGCGCGUCUUGCGUACAGCGCAAAAUCCCAACGAUAAAGUAACGGCGCAAAUGAUACAACAACAGCAACAGAAUAUCAUACGACUGCCAACGGAAGCACAACCGCGCAUCGUGCAGCCCCUGCCGCCGCCAGUUCAGCAACAACAACAACUACCACCGCCACCCACUUUGGCGCAACAGUCGCCUAUGUUGGGCGGCGAUCGGCGCCCGGUGCCUUUGCAGGGGCAAGAGAUGCAGCGCUACGUGCAGCUGCAACGCCCACAGCUGGAAGCGCUGCGGCAACAACAACAGCAAAUUCAGCAACAGCAGCAGCAGCAUCAGCAGCAACAACAACAACAGCACCAGUCUGCUGUGCCAUACAUGCAAGCGGGUCAGGUGUACACGCCCAUUCAGGACAUUUAUCGUUUGCAACAACACCAACAGCAACAACAAUACACUUCACAGCUGCCGCCACCACCGCUGCCACCGGCACAUCAGCAGCACGCACAAUACGAUGAGCGGAUGCAUGCCAACAAUCUCAACAACAACAACAACAAUCAUGUUUUGCUGCCGGCGCGCACUAGCAUGAGCGGCAUCGCUAAUGUUGCCACGCAGCAACAUAUGCAGAUGCUAGCAGCUCAGCAGCAGCAACAGCAACAGCAACAACAUUUGGACGCGCAAUCGAGCUAUGUGAGCAUACCACGCACACACAUGAAUCACCAGCAGCAGAGCUACUCAGUGCAAUUGCAAAAGCACCAACAACAUUUGCAACAACAGCAACAGCAGCAGCAACAACAACAAAUUCCAUCGAAUGCAGCCUACUAUCCGGGCGUGCCAGGUCUGGACGCGCCACCACUGCCCUCACCCUAUCAACGCGUGCCGCUACCGCACGGAUACCCCGCUAGCGAACAAUUUCCCAGCAACAACAUGCCGAAGCCACAACAUCCCUACCCAUCACCGACAACCACACAAAACGCCACUGCCGCGCCCUCGCCUUACUUUCCCCUGCCACAGAACUCAGCCGCCGCGCUGGCGAUGAGCGCCAACAGCCAACCGCAGCACACCAAGGCAUCACAUCAGAAGAAGGUCAGCUUUGAGCCUGGCACCAAAGGUGAAACGGACUCGCUGUGCAAUGGCAGCAACAAUAACAACAACAGCAGCAGCAACAUGUCAGCGGCGCUACCACCGAAGCCGAUGAAUCUCACCGCCACCAACGCCAACGUCAACAACAGCGCAGCCGCAGCGCAACAAAAUGGGCUGCCCGCGGUUAUGGCGAUGGCAGCGGCUGCAGCAGCCGACAGCAGCGUCAAUGUGACUGCAAUACCGACACGCGUCUACAACAACGCCAUCGUCAAGGCAUCCGCCAAGGCGGUGGAAUGCAAUUUGUGCCGGAAGCGGCAUGUGAUCGCGCCGGCCGUCUACUGCACCAACUGUGAGUACUACUUGCAGAUGUUGAACAGUCGACGGUAAGAAGGAAGAUGGUCGGUCGCUGGCACCGGGAGCAAAAUGUGAAAGUUUGCAAGAUGAAAGUGCGGAAAUGUGGCAGCGCAGCAAAGCUGCGGCAAUGAUAAACAAAAAUCGCUGAGCGAAUUUAGGUUGUUUACGAUUGCAUUUCCAUAGAAUUAAGAAAAUAAUUGUUGGUUUUGUAGUUGUAAAAUUUUUUUUUUAUAUAGUAGUAGCUUAAUAGUAGAGUUUAGUGAAACUAUGAAAUCUCAAACGAAGUUGACGCCCAUUACAAAUUAGUUGGUGCAAUUCGAUAGACAUGCAGACAUUUUGAAGUUUGCUUCAGAAACUGAAGGUAAGUAUAUGGCAUUGUUUUCAUACCUACAUGUCAGCCUGCAUGCACAAACGCAUACAAAAAGCUGUCUACUUGUACUAUAGGCACAAACUUUAAACUGUGUGGCUUUUGAACAAUUUUUGGAAAUUUUGACGCGAACUCUCUUUCUCAGCUUUUCCUCCAUUGCAUGCAAUUCCUUUAUGGUUCUACAUAAAGCACAAUUGGCAAUAUUUUUAAUUCAAAAAAGAAAAAAUUGAGCGAUUAAUUGAUUACAACAAAAAUUUGCUUUCCUGCUACUUUUAAAAGCUUUUAAGUCUUUGACUACUCAAAAAUAAACUACCACAAAAAAGAUAAAAAUUUACUUAACUCUUCCAUUUCGUUUAACAAAUUAGUAAUAGCUUACAUCGAAUAUUUUUAAAUAUAUUAAAUAUCAGUUAGACGUACAUACAUAUCUACAUAUAUAAAUACUUACACAAUUAGAAAUACACACGCAUUUACAUACAUACAAACAAUACAUUUAAAGAAAUUCAUGAAAAUCUCAUACAUUAAACCCAUCUAAUCGUUGUUUACACAAAAUUACAAUAAUUAUUAUUUUAUAUUCACAUAUACAUACAUAUAUUAAGCGCUAAAUUACUACAUACAUACGUAUAUAUUAGCAUAAUUAGUCGCUAGUUGCAAGCGCAGCGUUUGGGCGUGGGGCUGUCGAACGGCCACCAGCCCCCAGCGCAUGCAUUUCACAAAAUAUUUUUAUUUUAUAUUUACAAUUAAAUUUUACUUAUCAAUAUUGCGUAUAUAUAUAUAUAUAUAGAGCUACUGCGUAUGUGUGUAUUUGUUUUAUGAUAUUUACAUUUUUUUCUUUUGUAAGUUUUAUAAUGUUUUUCCCCACAGAAAAAAAUAAUGAAGAAGUAGAACAGCUGCAGCUGAAAAGAGAUGUCUUCAUCCAACUAAAAGAAAAACACAAACAAUAAUAAUCAUUUGCCUAAUAAAUAAAUAAUUUCUUUUU